AUGAGAAAUAAGCUUCUUGAUCGCCAUGAUACAAACGAGCCAUCCAAUUAUAUUCCAAGCACGCCCGGUUACGAGAUGAAUAGCCCAAUCCCAGCAGCUCAGUCCCAUUCACAUACGUCCAAUUCAACUUUUAAGAAGAAAUAUCAAAUACUAGGCAUCUUCGCUUUAAUUCUGGCCAUCAUUUUUGGUCUCCGCUCAUUGCACAUGGAUCAUAACAAAGACGGCCAUGAAUCAGUAGCCGAUUCUGAUUUCAAUGCCCCUCCCAUCUACACACCCACUUCUACCAUCAUCGCCGACGAAAACCGCCAAGACCAAGACAAUCAAUGCUCUCACAACCCAAGCUCAGUCCCUUGGCCUAAUUCCACCUACCUAAUUCGCGCCUCCUCAUCUGGGAGACUCCUAACUCUAGACUCUGGUGACAUUACUUUAGCCAAACCAGGCGAUAACCGCGGCUCCAGCAUCCACUGGAAAUGCAUCGAAGUUAAAGGAUGGCUCCAUUUCCAGAACGCUGCUUCCGGUUGUUUUCUCGGGCACAAGUUCUGGGGUGAUUUGACUUGCUCUUCAAGGGUGGCUGAAGGGUGGGAGAGAUUUACCGUAAGACCUUUACCAGAAGGGGGAUACUAUCUUUCGUUGACGCACUUCGAAAGAUUGUUGAAAGUGGGGAUCAAGGAUGGAGUUCUGGCGAAAAUUUGGGAGGGGGAGACUGGAGGUUUCGUGAACAAUGGAGAGGGGGAGGGGCAGGUGGUUGUUUGGGAGUUUACUAAGGUUUAG